UCCCCAACAGCCUCAGUUUCUCCUUGUAUGAUUUUUUGUUUGCCCAGCGAACACCAUGGCUGAGCCUAUUCGAAACAAGCGUUCUGACGUGUCUACUGCGCCUACACCGCAGAACACUCCAGCAACCGCCGCGCCCAUAUCUUCCCGAGCCCAGCAGCCCGGUGUGGCCAGCAUCAAAGAAGAUGACAUGGAGCGGGCGGCUGCCGCCUCCCUCCUGGCGCAAAACCCCAAGCUCGUUCAAAUGAUCCAAGGACGACUUGGCUCUCUCAUUGGACAAUCUUCAGGAUACAUCGAGUCUCUCCCUGCUCCCGUCCGCCGUCGGGUUUCGGGUCUGCGAGCAAUCCAGAAGGACCAUGCCAAAUUGGAGGCUGAGUUCCAAGAGGAAGUCCUCCAGCUUGAGAAGAAAUACUUUGCCAAGUUUACUCCCCUUUACGAGAAGCGAUCUGCCAUCGUCAAUGGCAAGGUCGAGCCUACAGAGGAGGAGGUUAAGCGAGGAGAUGAGGAUGAUGAAGAAUCACAAGAGGCCGCUGAGGCCGCUGGAGAGCCUUCACAGCCCACCGAUGAGGCGUCUGAGGAUGUUCAGGGUAUCCCUGAAUUCUGGCUGUCUGCCAUGAAGAACCAGGUGACGCUUGCGGAAAUGAUCACCGACCGGGAUGAGGCCGCGCUGAAGCACCUUAUUGAUAUCCGCAUGGAGUAUCUUGACAAGCCAGGCUUCCGUCUCAUUUUCGAAUUUGCCGAGAAUGAAUAUUUCUCAGACAAGACCAUCACCAAGACAUACUUUUAUCAGAAUGAGAGCGGCUACGGUGGCGACUUCAUUUACGACCAUGCUGAAGGCUACAAGAUUAACUGGUACCCUGGCAAGGAUUUGACAGUCCGUGUCGAAGCCAAGAAGCAGAGAAACAAGAACACCAAGCAAACCCGAAUCGUUAAGAAAUCAGUGCCGACGGAGUCCUUCUUCAACUUCUUCUCCCCCCCUAAGCCCCCUACCGAUGAUGCUGAUCCGGAAGACGAUGUUGCCUCCGAUAUCGAGGAGCGUCUCGAGUUGGACUACCAGCUGGGUGAGGAUAUCAAGGAGAAACUGAUUCCUCGUGCUGUUGACUGGUUCACCGGCGAGGCUCUUGCCUAUGAGGAGUUCGAUGAGGAUGACAUGGACGGUCCCGAUUUCGAUGAUGAUGACGAGGACGAGGAUGACAUGAGCGAAGAUCAUGAUGACGACGAGGAGUCCGAUGAAGACGACGAGUCGGGAAAGCCUAAGCAGGAGGCUGCCGAGUGCAAACAGAGCUAAGCAACAAAAUCUGCCAAGGUUUAGAGGCUGGGAGCUUUCAAUAUUUUAGAGGGAAGGAAACCGAGGGAAAAGAUGCUCAAGUGAACAAGGGUUGAGAGGAAUGGCGUAUCUGAGUUAAUGACAUCGCUACAUGUUUUUUGUUUCAUUGGUGAUCGUCUCCAAAAAGAAUGUUUCAUUUUGUCUUUCGCGUACUAGGAGAUUUAUCUCGAUAAUAGUAACAGGUACCAGGACAAUACUUGUUUGGUUUUUUCUAAUAGCUUAAUAGGGAAUGAUUUUGUUUUUUGAAGUAUGCAUUCCUUUGUAAAG